CACGCAAUGACCGAUGGGAUCGCGUUUAGGCGCCGCCAUUUUGAAAGCUGGCUGCAGUUUGUUGAUAACUGUAACCUGAAGGCGAUGUUUCUCCGGUGAUAACGGCUGGCUGAGCGGAGGCGUCCGACAUGUCUUCCACCACUUCCACCACCAGUGACCUGCGAUCUGCUGACCUGAGACGCUCUCAUUCCACCCCUCGAAAUCCAAGCACAAAAGAGUCUGAUAUGGGGCGUUCAAAAAGUUGUGAUAUCAGCACCACCGGGGACUCCACCUAUUCCUUGUUGUCGCCCAUCUACCACGACAGCUAUGAAAGUGACUUUGAAGAUCGUUCCUUCCAUGUGGAGAUUUUGGCCAAAGAAACUGAAAAGAAGAAGCCUUGUAUUCAGGACCAAGGCGAGACCAGCACGGUAGAGCAGCCUCUAGCAGAUUUGAAGCUUUCUCCUUGGGAAACGUGGCUGCUGAGCAAGGAAAGACGAGGUCGACUUGAACUGCAAAACAAAAUAUCGGAGGAAUUAAAACAAGAUGAAGAAAGAAGAAAAGAGGAGCAGAAGAAAGAGCAGAAAAAACAUUUGGCUGAAGAACAACACAAGGAAUGGGUCCGAAAAAAGCAUGAGCAGGAAAGAAAAGAGAAGGAACAAAAACUUCUCAAAGAGAAGCAGGAAAAGGAGUCUGAAGACCAGCAGAAACGUCUAAUAGAAGAGAAGAGUAAGGAGCGCUACCAAGGAUGGCUGAAGAAGAAGAAAGAAGAGGAGCAGGAGAGGAAGAGGAGGCAAAAGGAAGAAGAGGAGAAACGUUUAGCCGAGCAGAAAGAGAAGAAGGAGAAGGCAGAGCAGAUCUUCAAGGAGUGGGUCGAACAGGCCAAAAACAAACCACGACCGACGCUCAACAGCUAUGGCUAUGUCAAUGGGAAAUUGACAGGUUAUUAUGAUGGAAGUUCCUAUCCUGCUCCCGGGUUUUAUAACCCCAUUCCAUGGAAACCUAUCCCCAUGCCACCACCGAAGGAGCCUGUAAAAAAAAACACGUCUGGAAAGAAUAAAAGACGACUCGUCUCGCACCAGCUAUACAGAUCCAGCACGGCCAUGAUCUAUAAACCGAAGGACAAUCUACAAGUUGGCGGCGGGAUGUUUAGAAGAUAACAUGCCGUAUAGGAGGGAACGGGAAUAUAGAGGAGCUGGGCGAUGAAAGAACUAGUUUGGUUUAUUAAUCCAUUUUUUACAUAACAAUAAUUAUUUUUUUUUACAAAAGAGUGCUAAACAAUUUUGUCAGUUUAAUUUAUCGCAAUGGUAAAAUGUUCUAUUCCCCUCUAAA